AUGGGAUCUUCAACUGCAGCACCGCCAAUAGCCAAGGAGACGUUCAAGAGAGGCAUGGACCUGCCAACCUGGCACAAAUGUGUUAUCCUCUUCACUGUCAGUUUUAUGUGCCUAGCGACCACAUUCUCGAGCACAUGUCUAUACCCAGCAACGCCGGAGAUCGCGGACGAAUUCGGCACUACCUCUGAACAAAUCAAUGUUACCAAUGCUGGAGUAUUGUUGGCUAUGGGAUCGUCCAGUCUGAUCUGGGCACCUAUUGCUAGAACAUUAGGGAGGCGAACAGCAUACAAUGGUGCUAUUGCCAUCUUGUUCUUGUGCUCGAUCGGCACGGCGUUAUCGAUCAAUAUGGCUAUGUUCACGGCUAUGAGAGUCCUUGCGGGUUUCGAAGGCACUUUCAACAUGGUCGCAGGGCAAACUAUAAUAGCCGAUAUUUUUGACCAACGGAGAAGAGGCACUGCUGUGGGCUUCUUCAUGGUUGGCUCUGUCCUAGGACCUGCGGUUGGUCCUCUGGUUGGCGGCAUUAUCGUCACCUUUGCCAGCUGGAGAAUUAUCUUCUGGGUGCAGACUGGCAUGGUAGGACUGGGCUUGAUGUUAUCCUUCCUCUUUGUUCCCUCCAUCGCUCAACCACACCAAACUACCGAUAAACCUAGCUUUAAACUCUGGGGCAAGUCGCAAGUUGAGAUGCUUAAAGUGUUUACGUUUCUCAUAUACCCUAAUGUCUUCUUCGCGGAUCUUGCCUGCGGUUUACUCGCUUGGAACCAAUACUCUUUACUGGCAGCACCGCGCCAUCUAAUCAACCCUCGUUUCCAUCUUACAUCGCCCCUCGUCUCUGGCCUCUUCUACAUCUCGCCCGGAGCAGGUUUCUUGUUAGGUGCCAUUGCAGGAGGCCGGUUCUCCGACAUGACAAUGGCCAAAAAAAUUCUCGAGCGUGGUGGAAAACGAGUACCGCAAGACAGACUCAACAGCGGUCUCUUUGCCUUCUUCCUCAUUAUACCUGCUUCACAGUUGAUCUAUGGAUGGUGCUUGCAGUACGAUGUCGGUGGCUUGGCUCUUGCCAUCGUAGCUGCCUUCUUUACUGGAUUCGGUCUUAUGGCUGCGUUUAGUUCUCUUAACACUUAUUGCGCUGAAGCGAUACCCGAACAGCGUACUGCAGUCAUUGCAUCCAAGUACUUCAUCCAGUACAUAUUCGGCGCGUCAGGUAACGCUGCCAUUGUACCCCUAAUUGAUUCCAUUGGUAUCGGGCUUGCUGCCACGAUAGGCGUUAUCUUGUGCAUUUGUGGUGGCGUUUUGGUCUGGAUGCUUGCUAAGCAUGGAGGUGCGAUGCAGGCGUUUAUUGAUGCAAAGUUGGGUCAUGUAGAUACGGAUGAUGAAAAUAGAGAAAACAUAUGCUCUCGAGGUACAAAGAAGUAUCCCCGCGGGCGAAAGGGAUUC